AUGAUAACCUUAGUUGAACUAUGUAUCAUCAUAGUAUUCCUACUAUUGGUUCAUGAAACCAUCAUAUCACGAUAUACUCAUAAAUUGAAAUCAGAUCUAGAACAACAGCAUCUUUUGGCGCUUAAUUACACAAACAAUGGCAGCAGUUUAUCAGAUAAAUCAAAGUCAUCAUCAUCAAUAGUUACUACAACAUCAAACAUAAUAUCUCAUAUAUGGCCUGAAAGAAAUCUUAUCUAUUUAGAUAGCUUACCUGAUGAUAUCAUCUUUCAAAUUCUUGAUAAUUUAAAUCAAUUCGAUGUCAUCAACUUAUCACUUGUCAACUCCACCAUGUACUUUUAUUGCAUGCAUAGAUUAUUCAAACAUAUAGUGGUGUAUAAUUAUGAUAGUUAUGGUUCCGAUCAAAUGGGGAUUUGUGUUCAACCAGGUUUACAUACCAAAUUUUAUCUUGAUUAUACUAUAAUUAAUAAACCUACCUUUUUAAGACUUAUGAAUCUAGAUCAAUUUCAAACUAAAAGACAAUUGAUUAAGAAAGUAUUGUUUUAUUUCACCGAUUUCUCACCAGAAUUCAAACAUAGUUUAAAUCAAAUGUUACCAUACACCAAAUUUCAUAUGUAUCAACAUUAUAAAUCUCCUUUACCAUAUACUUUCAAUCAUUUCCAAAUCAAUCUGAUGAAUAAUUUUGGUAUUGAUUAUCAACGAUUAUCAGAUUUAACCGAAUUAAAUCUUAAUUUCGAUCCAUUGGGUGAUCCUGAAGCUAAUAGAUUAAUCAUUGAUGGGUUUACUUCAAUAUAUGGUCAAUUAAAAGCUAUAAAAUUAAAUAAUUUCUCCACUGAAAUAUUAGAUCAUUUCAAAUCAUUAAAAGUACAGUUUAAACAAGUUAAAUCGUUAAGUUUAAACUUUGAUAUUAGACUUUGUAAGAAUUUAGAAGUUUUGAAUGAUAUAUUCCAUUUAGAUCAAAUUGAAUCAUUUGAAAUUUUUCUUAAUAAAAGUUUUAAUGUAAUGACAUUAGAUCAAUUACAAUUACAUCAUUUAAAUGAAAAAUUAAUCAAUUUAAAACUGUUAAAUUUCACUACUCAUUGUCAAUUACGGUAUUAUGAUUAUUUAUCAUCAUUUAUUAGUCCUCAUUUGAGUAAAAUAUCUAUCAAUUUAAAAUAUAAAAAUGCUCCUAAUCAUUUAAAUCCCGAGAUAUUAUUCAAUAGUGGGAUAUUAUCAUUAUUCCCUAAUAUUGAGAUUCUUAAAUUCAAUAAUCAAUUAUUCCAGCAUGAUAAAUUUAAUCAAAAGGAGAAAUAUGCGUUAAAUUCAAUCAAUGUAUUCUUCAAAACUGAUAAUAAUGAUGCUCAAUAUUAUAGUAUUUGUAAGGAAUAUCAUAAAGUGAUUUAUGAUUCUCGAUUAAAAUAUUUGGUGAUGAAUGAUUGUCAAUAUGUUAUAGAUAGAUCAAUUGGAGGUGGUAUUUGUUCAACUAUCAUGCAGUAA